AUGCGAGGGGAAGUAUGCAUCGGCUCAGCUUCGUUUCUCUCACUGGCCUCACUUAUUCUGCUGAUCUUCGUACAUAUCGGUCAAAUUAAUACUUCGUCCGUAGGGAAGGGAGUUUCCAUGGUAAAAGUGAAUACUUCGGGCUACGAUGAUGCUUUAACAAUCAUCACCCUGGACCCCAUCGUUGGUGUCCAUGCUACCAACGCAUCUGCCCCCCUCCAAGCCCGAACCGGCCUACGAGAAUUAUAUCUGUUCGGACUCUACUCUUUCUGCGGUUAUACAAACGAGACCGCCGGAGCCUGCUCGAAUAGGACUGUGGGCAUGCAGUUCAGACCGUAUCCCAUCCUUACAUCCGACAUGGCCGUUAAUUAUUCUGUUCUCACCGACGGCCUGUUCGACACGGCCUUCCAAUCUCAGCAACCCACCUUCCGCGACUCUUCGUACCUCGGCGGUUCGACGAGGGCUGCGUACUACAUGAUCCUCUUGGGCACAAUAUGCACUGGCCUCGCCUUCCUUACAGGCCUCAUACGGCAUGGCAUGACUUUCUUCAUUUCCACAGCGUUCGCAUUAAUAGGUAGCUUGUUGCUGUUGAUCGGUGCAGCUAUCUGGACCGUUGUAAUCAACAAAUCGGACGCUAUAAACGAUGUCAUGGUUGGCAGUACACCGGCACCGUUGGGUAUUAUCGUUUCCAUUGGUCCUGCACUUUACAUGCUCUGGGCAGCCUUUGCUGUCUUGCUAGUCUCAGUCGUGCCAUACAUGCUUGUAUGCUGCACAUACCGAGGAUAG